AUGUCUAUUACUCUGGGUGCUGCAAUCUACAUUGCUCUGAAACCCAUAUUUAAGAUAUAUACCAUCAUGUUUGUUGGCUAUUUACUGGCCAAGUUCGAUAUUGUUUCCAUGGAAAAUGCCAAAGGUAUAUCAAAUAUGGUCGUUAACGCAAUUCUACCUUGCUUAACGUUUAAUAAAAUUGUGUCCAAUAUUUCAUGGAGGGAUAUUAAGGAGAUUGGAGUGAUAAUACUUUCUGCUUUCAUUCUGUUCUUUAUAGGCGCCACAGGCGCCCUAUUUACUACAUUUGCUACAACAGUUCCUAAGAAAUUUUUUUGGGGUCUUAUAUUCGCGGGCUUCUUCCCAAACAUAUCAGAUUUACCUAUUGCUUACAUACAAAGCAUGGGUAAUGGCUCUAUCUUCACCGCUGAUGAAGCUGAAAAAGGUGUCGCUUAUUCAUGUAUUUUUUUAUUUAUUCAAAGCUUCCUAAUGAUGAAUUUUGGGAUGUGGAGGGUGGUUGGACUGGAUUUUAGACAUACAAAAAAGCCAGAUGGUGAAAGUCUUUCUCGGGCAGCAAGCCCUUCUAACGAGUACAAAUUUACUGGCAUUCCAGAAUCACCAAGUAUUACACAUCCAUCGAAUACUUACCAAUCCGAGGAUAGGAGAAGUAACAGCGAUUUAUCUUUUAACUCGAUCACUACAAAUGAUAUGGGAUCACGAGCAUACUGUGAAAGCCCAACUGGCUACAUCAAACCGUACAAGGGCUCAACUCUUCGAAAUUCGAAUGACGGAUCUUUUAAAUUCAAAAAUAAUCUGGCACAUACUGAAAUAUGCAGAGUUUCUUCAUCUUAUUCCAGCCCUGGUGCCCUUGAGAUGUCGAGAAUAGAAAACAAUUGCUUGCCACACAGCCUUGCAUCAAUGCACAAGAGAGAGGGCAGCUCCAUAGGACAAAGAAGCCAAGCCAUGAACGAGUUGAUUUCUAAAUACAGCGCUGCUGACAAAAUAAGACAUGGGGAAUUAGAUCUAUCCAGACCACUUUCCUUGACAGAGGAAGUGGGCAGCAAGAAUGCAAAUAUUGGCAAUGCUUCUACAAACACUACUGAUGAAGAAUUCAGCAAUAUCGACAACUGCACUAGUAACUGUCACAACGAGAAGCAUAAUAUAUCUGCGAUUCUAGAAAGAUACAAUCUUAGAUGGUUACAAUACUUUAUAAUAAAUUGCCUGAGGCCAGCGUCCCUGGGGGCAAUACUAGGUAUUGUAUGCGCAUUAAUUCCGUGGGUUAAAGCAUGCUUUGUAUCAACAUAUGUUCAUGUUCAUAAGGCACCUGACGGAGAGCCCGUUCUGAAUUUUUUAAUGGAUUUUACGGAAUAUAUUGGAAAUGCUUGCGUUCCAUUGGGUCUUUUAUUACUGGGUGGUACUUUAGCGAGAUUGGAAAUCAAAUCACUGCCACCUGGAUUUAUCAAAUCCGCAUUAUUGAUGACGUGCUGUCGUUUAAUUGUUAUUCCUAUUAUUGGUGUCCUCUGGGUAAAUAAACUGUACUCAAUCAAUUGGUUAGAUACGCGCAUAGGAAAAUUUGAUAUGAUAUUGACAUGGUCCAUGCCUAGCGCCACUGCUCAAGUAUAUUUCACGGCCUUUUAUACGCCUGCGUGUGGUGACCAUAUUCAAAUGAACUGUUUAUCGGUCUUAUUUGUCAUACAGUACGCAGUUCUUUUCAUCACUGUGGCGUUCAUCGUCACCUACACUCUUAAGGUUGAUUUAAAAGUUUGA